AUGUUGCAGCGUGCGAGUAGCCAGUACCAGGCCAAUGCUCCUCCUCCCCAGCGGAGCCAGGCCAAGGGUCAGCCAUUCCUUCCUUCUAGCAGCCCAAGCACGCAUCAAUCCGAUAUUCGACAACUAAAGAAGCCAAACGCCCCUGCUGUGUCGGCGAGGACGACGCAACCCUUCUCCAAACCUCUUGAAAAUCGAUCCUCCAACAUGAACCAGGCAUCAAACAGUACCAGACCACCAAACGGGGUUGUCCGUGGACCGUUGGCUUCACUUUGCGGAGGAUCAAACUCUUUCAGCGAACAAGCAGAUGUUGUUGAUCUUACUGGGUCUGACAGUCAAAUAAAGGCACAACCAGGAGUGUACUUUCAAGACGGCGAUUUCAGCGACGACGAUACGCUGGAUCUUGACUUCCAGCCGCCUUCAGCCCUACCACCUCUCCCUGUUAAUACACCCCAUAAGCGUAUUGCAAAGGAAAGCAUGCCACCACCACCCCCUACGUCAACACAAACUGACAGGACCAUACCUUGGUCUUCAUCACCUCCGUCACACUUCUUACCCCCCUUACGCAAUGCAUCCGUGACCUCGACAAUGGCCAACAUAUCAAUGAAGCGCGAUUCUUCUGGAGAUCGAGACGAUAGCGCCGUUCCUGCCCCCAAAAAGGCCAAGAAGCGAGUACUGCCACAAAGCUUUAAGCAAGAAGACCCUGAGGAUGAUAACGAGCACUAUGCUCAGGCCACUCAAACACCAAACAACAAACGAAAAGAUUUCCUGAACCCUACAGCCAGCGCAGUCAAAGAGCAGAAGAAGCAGUUCAGAAACCAGCGUCAACAAGAUCAACCUGCAGCCAACGGCGACUUGUCUAUGGGAGAGAUCCAAGAGGUCACAACUUCACAUGCCAAGGGCAACUUUGCCAUAUCCUUGAGUGAAGAACAGAAACACGUCUUAGACCUAGUGGUAAACAAGAACCAGAGUGCCUUCUUCACCGGUGCAGCCGGAACUGGUAAAUCCGUCUUGAUGCGAGCCAUCAUCACGGAGUUGAAGAAGAAAUACGCAAAGGACCCCGAACGAGUCGCGGUUACAGCGUCGACCGGACUUGCUGCAUGCAACAUUGGAGGUAUCACUCUGCACAGCUUUUCUGGCAUUGGCCUCGGCAAAGAGGACUGCCCGACACUGGUCAAGAAAAUCCGCAGAAACCCCAAAGCCAAGAACCGCUGGUUGAGAACCAAGUGCCUGGUCAUUGAUGAGAUUUCCAUGGUGGAUGGAGACUUGUUCGACAAACUAUCUCAAAUAGGACGAACAAUUCGAAACAAUGGUAGACCAUGGGGCGGUAUCCAGCUUAUCAUUACUGGAGACUUCUUCCAACUGCCACCGGUCCCAGAUCAUGGAGCCAAACGGGAAACCAAGUUUGCUUUCGAUGCGUCUACCUGGACAACCUCAAUAGACCAUACCAUCGGACUUACACAGGUUUUCCGACAACGAGAUCCAGUGUUCGCUAACAUGCUCAAUGAAAUGCGUCUCGGUCGUAUCACCGAGGACACUGUGCGAGCCUUUAAGAAAUUGGAGCGACCCCUCAACUUCAACGAUGGUCUAGGAACUGCAGAGUUGUUCUCCACCCGAAACGAAGUCGAAGGAUCCAACGAAAGGAGAUUGAGAGACCUUCCUGGGACGACUCGAAGAUACGAGGCUCAGGACUUUGGCAAAGAAGAAGUUCGUGAAAAGUUGUUGGCAAAUAUGAUGGCACCUAAGGUUAUCGACCUGAAAAUGAAUGCCCAAGUCAUGCUGAUCAAGAAUCUUGACGAGUCUCUUGUCAAUGGAUCUUUGGGCAAAGUGAUUGGGUUUUCGGAUGAGAAGACCUUUGACAUGGCCCCACCGGACGAGUUUGAUGAAGACGAUUCCAUGGCUAAGGCCCGGAAGAAACUGCUCAAUUCAUUCAAACGUGACUCCGACGCAAGUCCGAGCAAUGUCAAAUAUCCAGUCGUACAGUUCAUGGCAACCGAUGGCACAUCACGUGUGAUUCUUUGCCAGCCCGAAGAGUGGAAGGUCGAGUUACCUAAUGGAGAGGUCCAAGCAAAGCGCACCCAACUGCCUCUUAUUCUGGCGUGGGCUUUGUCCAUUCACAAGGCCCAAGGUCAGACACUAGAGCGAGUGAAGGUCAACCUUGGAAGGGUAUUCGAAAAAGGUCAGGCUUAUGUUGCUCUCAGUCGAGCGACUACUCAGGAUGGCCUUCAGGUGCUGGGCUUCCAGAAGUCCAAGGUCAUGGCGCAUCCUAGGGUUAUAGACUUUUACAACAAGCUCUAUAGUGCUGAAGAGGCCCUUGGGAAACCCAAACCUCAGUCUAUCACUGAUUUUGUUUCGAACCGUAUGGGAGCAGCGCCAUCAAAAGCCCCUGCGCCCAAGAAGCCUGCGCCCCAGGUAGUGGAUUUAGACGAUGAAGAGGAAGCAAUGGCAGCGUGUGGGUACUGA